CAGACGGUGUGUCAGGGAGGGGCGGAGCAUCCGUGCUACAAGAUGGCCUACUUCCGGGACAUGACCAGCCGCGUUGCAUUCUGGGAGGCCAGACAGGCAUGUGAGAUGGACGGCGGGUCCCUGCUGAGCAUAGAGAAUGCUGCCGAGCAGAGACACAUAGAGCACCUGCUACAAGAGCUUCGGACCUCCUCAACAGGAGCGGGGACAGAAACAGGGGCUGGAGCAGGUACCGGUAACGGAGGAAUAGCAGACGGUGAUUUCUGGAUCGGGCUGACAAGGACAGAUGGAGAGAACACACAGGAUCAAGAUCACUUCGCCUCCUGUCCCGACCUCUACCGCUGGACGGAUGGGAGUGUGUCACAGUUCAGGAAGUGGUAUUUUGACGAGCCGUCGUGCGGAGGGGAGGCGUGUGUAGUGAUGUACCACCAGCCCACAGCUCUCCACGGGCUGGGCGGGGCCUACAUGUACCAGUGGAACGACGACAGGUGCAACAUGAAACACAACUUCAUCUGCAAGUACGAACCAGAGAGCCAUCUGGUGAAGGAGCAGGGGGACAGGCCUGGAGCUCGUGACCCAGAUGUGACGGUGGCACAGACAAUAGAGGUCAAACAGGCUGGUCCCAGUGAGGAGGAUGGCGCCCCACACGUAGUCAUAGCCGGACCAGGGAUGUUUCUGGUCUAUGUGAUCAUCCCCACCAUCCCUCUGCUGCUGCUCAUCCUGGUGGCUUCUGGGACUUGCUGUUUCCAGAUGUUCAGCAAGAGCAAACCGGGGACCAAAACCAGCAUUAACCAAUCAACACUCUGGAUAUCCAAGACCCCUAAGACGGACAGCAUGGAAGUAUGA